GCCCGACGCACUUUCAUUUACUGUUGUUUCCCUCAUGUCGGUGCUGUGCCACAACUGCCGCUUUGACGGAAACGCAAAAGACGCUGCGUUCUGCUCCCGGUGCGGGUCAUCGCUGAACGCGGCCAACGCAAACACUUCGUAUGCGCCACCGCCAACGCAACAAGCAUACCCCGCUCAAGCCGCGCCCCAAUAUGCGAACGGUGGGCAGCAACUACACCAACAACCUCAAGUUGUCCAUGCUGUUCCAGUUGUGCAACAACCUCAGUACGUAGUUGUGCAAGCGCAGCCUCAAGUUCUUGCGAGCGGCGAAUUCAUCGUUGUGCCUGGCCAAGUGCUGACUGCGACAGGCCAUUGCGCCCAUGCGGUCCAAACCAACGAGUUCACGUGCCCUGGGGUGCUCUUGGGCAUCCUUUUUUUCCCUAUCGGCAUCUUAUGCUGCCUCUUGCUCACGGAGCGUCGCUGCGUCCACUGCGGCACAAUCCUUAACUAACGUCUCUACUCGUCUUGAUGGUCA